AUGGCGAUACACAAUGUUCUUCUCAAAAACGCUCUCAUGAUUUUGCUCUUCAGUUUAACCAUCAUGACCGAAACCGCAUUUUCUCAAAACUGCGGUAGAACCGGUUGUAAAGGCAACAUGUGCUGCAGCAGGUGGGGAUAUUGUGGCACCACAAACGCCUACUGUGGCACGGGAUGUCAGAGUGGACCUUGCAAACCCAAGCCUAAACCUACUCCAACUCCCAGCGGUAGUGGCGGUCUAAACGCUGGUCCUCGCGGUACCAUAGCGAGCGUUGUCACACCAGCGUUCUUCAACGGCAUCAUGAGUAAAGUUGGACGAGGUUGCCCAGCCAAAGGGUUCUACACUCGCCAGGCAUUCAUCGCAGCCGCUCAAUCGUUUGCUGCCUACAAAGGAACCGUUGCUAAGCGAGAGAUUGCAGCCAUGUUGGCUCAGUUCUCUCACGAAUCUGGAAGUUUCUGCUACAAAGAAGAAAUAGCUAGAGGAAGAUACUGCCAAGCUAGCACUGUCUACCCUUGUCAACCGGGAAAGAACUACUACGGUCGUGGUCCAAUCCAAAUCACAUGGAACUACAACUACGGUGCAGCGGGAAAGUUUCUUGGACUUCCUCUCUUGAAGGAUCCAGAUAUGGUGGCUCGUAGCCCAACCGUGGCUUUCAAGUGUGCCAUGUGGUUCUGGAAUAAGAAUGUGCGUCCGGUUUUGAGCCAAGGAUUUGGAGCCACCACGAGGAGGAUCAACGGCGGUGAGUGUAACGGUAGGCGUCCAGCCGCAGUUCAGAGCCGGGUUAACCAUUACUUGGAUUUCUGCAAGAAGCUUGGGGUCACUCCUGGAACCAACCUCAAGUGUUGAAGACACUACUACUAGUCAAUGUGGGAUUUUAAGUGUGUGUGAGUUAACGAUGUCUUGUGUCGAAUAAUAAUAAGAAGCCGUAUAUGUACUAUAUUGUGUGUCUUACGGUAUGUAAUGUUGUAUUGUUUGUAUCCGCUGUCAUAUAAGUUAUAAAAUUGAAACUAUAUCUCAU